GGCGUGAUGGAAGACUUCGAAGUUCUGAAGACUCUUGGCAAGGGAGGGCAGGGGGAGACUUUCAGCGUGCGGAGGAGGAGAGAUCACAAGUACUUUGUGAUCAAACAGGUGGAAACCAUCUCUUGUAAGGACCACAAGGAGGGUAACCAAGCCCUCAAGGAGGUCAAGAUGAUGCAGAGGCUGAGCCAUGGUUCUGUCGUGAGGAUCGAAGACUUCUUCCUUAGCGACCUCCCCGACGACAAGGGCAGUGGGAUGGGCCUGAACAUCCUGAUGGAGUGGUGUGAGAAUGGCGACCUUGCACACUACCUCCAAGACGUCAGAUCUCGCAAGGUGUUGGUCCCCGCAGCUACAGUCUCCUCCUGGUUUCUGCAGCUAGCAGACGCGCUGGUUUACAUUCACAGCAACGAGGUCCUCCACAGGGAUCUGAAGCCUCUCAACGUCUUCAUAACAAAGAUCAGCACGCUGAAGAUCGGAGACUUUGGCCUCGCACGCCAGUUGGAGCAAUCGAGAAUGUCCAUGGUUGGCACCCCGUCAUACGCUGCUCCAGAAGUGUUGAAGUCAGAGCACUACGGGGAAGCUGCGGAUAUGUGGGGGCUGGGUUGUAUCUUGUAUGAGAUGAUGUCGUUG